UAAAUUUAUCAGUAGCUCAGCUGUUAUUUACUUUGAUAACUGACAGACGUAUGAACUUUGUCAUCGAAUGGAAAGGCUAGAAACUGACCCACCAUUAACCCCGAGUAGUUUGCUUUACGUAAGAAUGGAUGAAGGAGACGACGGAAGUGAAAAAGAAGAGGAAUAUAGAAAUGUCAACCACGACUCAUCCACUGAAUCAACACAUCUUGAAAAAGAAGAUUUAAGUAUACUGCAAGCUGUGGUUUUUAUUGAAGAUGCUGCUAAGUACAGAGAUAUACGUCACAAGAUUGACAGGAAGGCCUUACAGAUAUACAGGAUAUAUCACUGUAAACCUAUCGAAGUAUUCCGGACAGUGGUCAUUUGUGUACUACACCUGCUAGCCUUUAUUGAAUUUCCAUCUUCUCUCACCUGGACCUCAGACAUCCGCUUCCGUGGAGACAGAAUCACACUUCCGUGUGGUAUAACAGAGGGAAUUGAACUUGUCUGUUUAUUGCUUCUGUUAGCAGAUGUUUGUACAAAGAUCUAUCUGAUUGGUAAGGUGGAGAUGAUGAGGAAGAAGUGGCUGGUCGCAGCUCUGGUGAUCCUCGCAUUUUCUUUGGUUGAUUGGAUGGUCACCAUUGGCUUGAGUUGUACUGAGACAAAAAGAUUCAGGAGAAUUGUCCGUCCUUUUUUCCUAAUUUCCAAUUCAAACCUGAUGAAGAAGACAGUUAAAUGUGUACAGAGGACUCUGCCUGAAGUGGCCAGUGUGCUGUUACUGCUGGCUCUACACUUGUAUGUGUUCACACUCCUUGGAAUGCUGUUGUUUCCUACUCCCAGAGACACAAGCAGACCAAGCAAUAAUUCCAUGGAAUAUUUCCUGAUACAGAACAACUCUAAUAGUACCACUAUGUCUCCGAUAUCAAACAUAACACAACAACCAGUGGUACAAGAGGGGAACACCUAUUUUAGGACUAUAUCCAAUGCCUUCAUGAAUUUACUGGUUCUACUGACAACAGCUAAUAACCCUGAUGUGAUGAUGCCUGCCUACCAACACAACAGAUUCUAUGCCCUCUACUUCAUUAUAUUUUUGUUGAUUGGUAAUUACUGUUUUAUGAACAUGUUUUUGGCUGUGAUCUAUAACCAGUUCAGAGGUUACUUUCAGACCUCCAUGCAAGCCAGUUUGUUGAGGCGAAGGGUCGGAGUACGGGCUGCUUACGAGGUGCUGAAGGACAGAGACCUCUAUACUCAUGUGGCCAGUUCUCCAGCGUCUGGGGUUGCCAUAGAAACAGUAAAACUGGUAUUAGAGGAUGUUACAUUACCAAAGAAAGUCAAAAUGGCCAUUUCCCAGGACUUGAACACCAGACAGAUGAAUCAGACGGAUAGUUUACAGAAUUUGCAGUUUCAGGAAUGCUUUGAUCUUAUUGUCAAAGAAUCUUUCACUCGACAUAAACCAGAAGUGCGGUGGCUGUCCAACCCUAUUCUCCGUCGGAUACAACGAGUGAUUGCCCACAGAGGCUAUAACUACUUUGGCAAUGUUGUGGCCCUUCUUAACGUCAUUAUGAUUUCAGUGGAGCUUGCAACUCAGUAUGAUAAAUCACUGAACUCCAGUAAAUCGGCUCUUAAUAUUGUGAAUUUUGCCUUCAUUUUGUACUACCUGUUUGAGCAAACUUUUAAACUCACUGCGCUGGGUUGGAAACGCUACGUGUAUGAACGAUGGAACAUAUUUGAUGGCAUCACUACCAUUUUCCUUGUGAUAUUAGAAAUAUUUUCAGUUGCCAAAUAUGGUCUUCCAUUAUCAAAAGCAGGAGAGGUCCAUGACCAACUCACCCUUUGGAAUGCUGUCCGCAUCAUCAACAUCCUCAUCAUGGUGCGACUGUUUAGGAUUAUACCUCAUAUAAAGGCCAUGUCUAUUGUUGCCAAUACCCUCGUGGAUCUUAUAAAGAAUCUGAAAGCUUUUGGUGGUAUAUUAGUGGUGAUAUAUUACUCAUUUGCUAUACUGGGUAUAGAGAUCUUCCAUGACGUUAUAAAAUACCAGGAAACAAAUAGCACAGGAGCAGACAGCCUUGUCUAUGACUGUGGGUCUUAUCAACAACUGGAGUACUGGGCCAACAAUUUUGAUGACUUUGCAGCCGCCAUUGUUGUGUUAUGGGAUGUGAUGGUUGUCAAUAACUGGAGUAUUUUCCUGGCAGCCUACGCCAAAGCUCUCUCUCAGUGGAGCUAUACCUAUUUUAUAGUAUGGUGGCUGGUGUCUGUGAUAAUAGUGUUACAACUCUUCACAGCCCUCAUCAUAGAGAACUUCAUCAUGAAGUGGGACCGUAGUAGUCGAAACCAGGAGCAUGAGGACCUGGCUAACAACAGUUUUACAGAAUCUCUUCACUACAUGUCACUCCACGAAAUGUUUAGAGAAAACUUAGAAGAGCCUUCAGAAUCUGUGAUUCUACAGGAGAUAAAGGAGCACAAGUUUCUGAGUUUAAGUAUAUCACAAUCUUGAUAGACUGAUCAGGACCGUCCUUACCACAUCAUUUCCUUCAUUUAUACAGCUACACUCCAGGGAAACUGAAGUAACUUUAUAUAAUGACUACAGCAAAACUACUAUCAACACACUAUAUAUAUAUGUAUAUGGGACCAUUCCAAUGUUUAGGAGUUAUGUCCCUUGCCAUAGUUAAAUUGAUACACUUCACCCUGUACACUCCAGGCUUUGGUACGUUAUUUUACAGUACCUAUUAAAUUAGAUAUUGUGUGUUAUAAAAAAUAUCACAAACGUUUUUGAGAAGUUAUUUUUGAUACCAGACAAUGAAAUGAAUCUUCAACAAAUGCAGUUAGAUAUUGUUUUUUUUUUUAGAUUUGAGUAUGGUGAUCAAAUUUCUUAUGAUUUGUCUAUGCUUUUUGUAUGUAUUGAUAAAAAUAUAUCGUUUUAUAUGAUGUGGAAAACUAGACUAUCAAUACAAAUGUAAUGAACAUUGCUUAUCUGUGAUAAAUUUUAUUUUGCAUAAAAAGUUAAAAUUCUAAAUAUACACUCUAAUGUGAAAUAAUUUAGCAUUACAUUUAUGUAAGUCAAAGGUAUAUUUUAACUUUAUCAUAAGGGUGUGUUUGGUAUGAAAUGAGAUAUAAACUGUACCAUGGCUGUCACAGUUUGAUAUCCUGAAGGUGCUUCUGAAAUAUUAUUUUAUUACACAUUGCAAUUAGAUUUUAUGUUCACUGUAUGUUUGAUUUUAGAAUUUCUGUUCAGAGUGGAAACAUAUUUGAAAAUAUGAACAUGUCAUAUUCUACCGAGUAAUGAUACUUCUGUCAAUUAAAAGGUGACUGUAUAUUUAGUGAUUAAUUCUUGUUUAUGUCAUCUGCACUGUUCAAGCCAAGAGUGUUCAAUACAGCACACAAGUAAUGGCCUCAGUGUUCUUUCAAAUUGUUUCCCAAUGAUUGCAAUAACUGCCUGUAAUGAGUAUUGUGAACUGUGAUAUGUAUUUAGUAUUGUUCAAUAUCUGUACAAUUUUGCUGUUUUAGUUGGGAUUCUUCCUCAUUUCCAUUAACAAAAUAAGAUUUUAGAUUCUGCAUAAUUGCUCCAGCCUCCAUUCACAUCGAAAUAAAACUUGUCCAGUAAAUUGCAAUUAUAAGGAAGGAGUAUUCAUACCACUGUGUGGACAUAUUGGACAUUUAAUAUACAGUUUGAUGGUAUUGGCACUGUACACAAAUUCUCCUUCAAUUCAAAUUGGAAAAUUUGGCAUGUGUUUAUGUCAUAUUUGCUAAUUUCUUGGAAUUUGCAUCGUUGAGAGUGUGCAUGUUCAUAUUGUCAGGCAAAAGAGAAGUACAUUUAUUGAUUUUUUUAAACAAAAUGAUAUCAACUUAAUAAAAUAUGUCUUUUUUCAGUGAAUUAAUUUGAACAUAUUAUCAGCUGCUUGUUCUUGUGGGAUAGUCAUACUUUGAAAAUUAUGAACAAUAGAUAAGUUGACUGAUACUUUGUGUCUAAAAUUAAGGUCCAAAAGUCGGAAGACUCCCUCAUGAUAUGUUUAUAUUUAUGAGUACAUGCAUAGGGAGGGUUGGUCUUUGGUAUGUGUUCUACUUUGAUCUUGGUGCUUUCGUUUACUAGUAUGUUAUGCAGUGAUAUUUAUGAUUAUUAUCAUAAUAAUUAUUUUGCUGUGAAGAAUGAUAACUAAAUUGUAUGUCUAUGGUUAGUUGCUAAGUUUGUCACAUUUUGUUAUUUAUUCUACGAUCUACAUUGUACCUUAAGUCCAGAGGACCAACAUAUAACCUUGUUUUCAGAGUAAGGGGAUGAUAACAGGAAAAUGAAGUGUAUUGGUAGUUCUACUGAAGGGCAGUAUGGAUAUAUAUUGUUAUUACUAGGUAUGACACAUAGUUCUACUGAAGGGCGGUAUAGAUAUAUAUUGUUAUUACUAGGUAUGACACAUAGUUCUACUGAAGGGCGGUAUAGAUAUAUAUUGUUAUUACUAGGUAUGACACAUAGUUCUACUGAAGGGCGGUAUAGAUAUAUAUUGUUAUUACUAGGUAUGACACAUAGUUCUACUGAAGGGCGGUAUAGAUAUAUAUUGUUAGGAUUAGGUAUGACACAUAGUUCUACUGAAGGGCAGUAUAGAUAUAUAUUGUUAUUACUAGGUAUGACACAUAGUUCUACUGAAGGGCAGUAUAGAUAUAUAUUGUUAGGAUUAGGUAUGACACAUAGUUCUACUGAAGCGCAGUAUAGAUAUAUAUUGUUAUUACUAGGUAUGACACAUAGUUCUACUGAAGGGCGGUAUAGGUAUAUAUUGUUAUUACUAGGUAUGACACAUAGUUCUACUGAAGGGCGGUUAUAGUUAUAUAUUGUUAUUACUAGGUAUGACACAUAGUUCUACUGAAGGGCGGUAUAGAUAUAUAUUGUUAUUACUAGGUAUGACACAUAGUCCUACUGAAGGGCGGUAUAGAUAUAUAUUGUUAUUACUAGGUAUGACACGUAGUUCUACUGAAGGGCAGUAUAGAUAUAUAUUGUUAUUACUAGGUAUGACACAUAGUUCUACUGAAGGGCAUUAUAGAUAUAUAUUGUUAGGAUUAGGUAUGACACAUAGUUCUACUGAAGGGCAUUAUAGAUAUAUAUUGUUAGGAUUAGGUAUGACACAUAGUUCUACUGAAGGGCAGUAUAGAUAUAUAUUGUUAUUACUAGGUAUGACACAUAGUUCUACUGAAGGGCGGUAUAGAUAUAUAUUGUUAUUACUAGGUAUGACACAUAGUUCUACUGAAGGGCGGUAUAGAUAUAUAUUGUUAUUACUAGGUAUGACACAUAGUUCUACUGAAGGGCGGUAUAGUUACAUAUGUAUAUAUUGUUAUUACUAGGUAUGACACAUAUAGUUCUACUGAAGGGCGGUAUAGAUAUAUAUUGUUAUUACUAGGUAUGACACAUAGUUCUACUGAAGGGCGGUAUAGAUAUAUAUUGUUAUUACUAGGUAUGACACAUAGUUCUACUGAAGGGCAUUAUAGAUAUAUAUUGUUAGGAUUAGGUAUGACACAUAGUUCUACUGAAGGGCGGUAUAGUUAUAUAUUGUUAUUACCAGGUAUGACACAUAGUUCUACUGAAGGGCGGUAUAGUUAUAUAUUGUUAGGAUUAGGUAUGACACAUAGUUCUACUGAAGGGCGGUAUAGUUAUAUAUUGUUAGGAUUAGGUAUGACACAUAGUUCUACUGAAGGGCAGUAUAGAUAUAUAUUGUUAGGAUUAUUAGUUAAAUUUCAUUACUUGUCUAUUUUGUUAGAGGAGUUUGUACAAAAGAAUUAUUGAUGUUAAAUAUCAUGAUUGACAGUGAAGAUAUUUUUCGACAUGAAUGACAGUCAAUCUAUGUUUACCCAUCAGAAUAUUUAAAGAUAAAUUGUUAAAGGUUGAAUGAAUUGUAUGUUAGAUAAUACCCAUUUGAUUACUAGUAUUCACAUAAUCUGAUCCUUAUGUUAUAAAAUCUGAAACACAUAUCACAUUCAAGACCAUAUGUACAUGUAGAUGUAACACAUUACGUUAUAUAUAUAAUACCGAUUGUUAUAAUUCACACAAUGCAAUAUAAAUGUAUAUUUCAUUGAAGUUAUCCCAUACAUCUUACAUGUGUGAUAUUUUUAGUGAUCCCCUCGUGACGGUCGGUGAUGGGAUGUAGGGACAGGCUUGUACGUAUGUACGAAACCAAUCGGUGUCAUUGCUCGAACAACUUGACUAAUGAUUCAGUUGUUCUGAAACUUCAGUCUUAGUACUCAUAACCAUCAUCGCUUGUACAUGUUCGCAUUUUAACAACCUAGGGUCAAAAUUUAUGUCAAUGUCAUUAUAACUGGUUUCAUUAUUAAUCCAAUUUGUCUGAAACUUCAUACUCUUACACCCAUCAUUUCAGACUUGUACACAUUCUCAUUUCAACCACAUGUUACUAUAGAGUUUUGAAGUCAAUGCUCAACAGACUUCAUUAAUUACCUGAUUGUCCAGAAACAUAAUACACUAACUCACAACCAUCAUUAUUUGUGUAAGUUUCGGUUUCACUCACCUGGGGUCAAAAUUGAGGUCACUGUUACGGUACUAUAAAUAUAUUUUUAAUGUCCUCGCUCAAUUGACAUAAUUAAUGUUCUAUAUAUAUGUUCUACUAUUCCUGGAACUCCACAACUUCCUAACAACCAUCAUCUUUUGGGAAAAUUUCGGAUUCAUCCUCCUGGGGUCAAACUAAGGUCACUUACUAUAAAUAGAUUUUUGACAUACUUACUCUACCGACAUUAUGCAUAAUAACUGAUCUAAGACUCCAUAUGCUUACUGAUCCAUUGAGAAUUAUUAUAAGGGAAAUGCGACUUUCAGACCAAGAUGAAUUUGAUAUAGUUAAAUCUGUAGUAGUUGGGUGGUAAAUCUGGGGUAGCUAGAAUGUCUCUAUUAUUUGGCGUGACUUAAGAAAUAAUUAACGAUGAUUCGUGUAUUGUUGCAGGAUAUACAACGAGGACGAGGAUAUUUUGCAAUUUUAAUUAAUACCUCUGCAGG